AUGCGCACCACAUCCCUCCUCCCCCUCCUCCUCCCCUUCCUCCCCCUUCUCACAACCGCUCAAGACACCACCCUCCCAGCAAAAGCUCAAUCCGCCCUACUGGACUACUACUCCUCCAUCGUAACAGAACCCGCCUACAGCUCCGCCGUGCAAGCCGUCGUAACCGCUUUGCCCGAGUCCGACAUCGACAGCGUCAUCGCCUCGCCAACAGAAUACUUUCUAUCCUUGGCAACUGCAACCGCACCGCCGGCUUGGUUCACAGCCCUACCGACGACAUAUCAGCAAUAUUUCAGCAGCGUGGAAGCGAAACAAUUGGGCAUCGUGAGUUCAGCGACGGCAUCGGAGGGCGCGGGCGCAAGGCAGACGGCUGCGCCGAUGGUGAAGAAGGUGGUGGGUGCCGCCGGUGUGAUUGUCGGGGCUGGCGUCGCGCUGUUGUGA